UAUCGAGACACAUUUCAGUUUGUCUCUUGGCUUCCUCAUGGGCAUGGCAACGUACGCCGUUCUAGGUGCCACCGGCAACUGCGGCGUCGCUCUUAUCGACAACCUCCUACGUAAAAAGGAUGCAAAGGUUAAUGCAUAUUGUAGGAAUAAGGCCAAGUUAAUUCAGAAGAUCUCUCAAGUGGAGUGCAGCAAGCAAGUUCAAGUCUACGAAGGAAGCAUCUACAACAUUGACCUUUUGGCCGACUGCAUUCGCGAUACACAGGCGAUUUUUCAUGUCGUUACCACCAACGAUAAUGUUCCCGGGUGCCAUGUGGGCUUGGAUACUGCCAAAAGUAUCAUUUCUGCCCUACAGAAGCUCAAGGCAAACUCACAGCUGGGCACAAAGAUGCCCAAAAUUGUCCUCCUCUCCUCAGGCACCAUCGACGACCAUCUUAGCCGCCAUAUGGCCUGGUGGUUCCGCCUAAUCCUGCGGACCUCUGCAUCGAAUGUAUACGCCGAUUUGAAGCGAACCGAAGAGUUUUUGCGGUCCCAGGAAGACUGGGUCUCAACAAUUUUCAUCAAACCAGGCGGUCUCACAGUCGAUGUGCAGCAGGGCCACAAGCUCAGCCUUGAUCAUGACGAAUCUUUUGUUUCGUACCUUGAUCUCUCUGCUGCUAUGAUCGAAGCCGCCGAUAACCCAGAUGAUCGCUUCCAUAUGAUGAAUGUUAGUGUUAACAAUAUAAACGGCUCUGCAAAGUUUCCAAAGGGAACUCCGAUGUGUAUCUUGACGGGGCUCGCUAGGCACUUUUUCCCGUUUUUGCACCCUUAUCUUCCUUCAACGGGGCCUAGCUAGAUAUUUGUAACAAGAUUGCUUAGUUUACGAAAGAGUCGGUCGUUAACUAGGCCUAAUAAAUUUGAUGUACUUUGCUUCACUUUGGUAUCAAAAUAUCGUUCUAG